GAGGACCCCCGGAGCCGGCCUCGGCGCGCCGGAGCGUUUCUCCUUCCGGGGCGGCCUGCUGGGCCUCAUGGAGGCUGUUCGGCCAGACAGCUGCGAAAGCGGGCCGGCGGCGCCGCGAGCCGAGGAGAGGCCGGCUCCCGAGGCGAGGGUGCACUUCCGAGUAACCCGGUUUAUCAUGGAGGCAGGCGUCAAGCUAGGCAUGCAGUCCAUCCCCAUCGCCACCGCUUGCACCAUUUACCAUAAGUUCUUCUGCGAGAUCAACCUGGACGCAUAUGACCUCUACCUGGUCGCCAUGUCUUCCAUUUACUUGGCCGGCAAAGUGGAGGAGCAACACUUGCGUACUCGUGACAUCAUCAACGUGUCGCACAGGUACUUUAACCCGGGCAGUGAGCCAUUGGAGCUGGAUUCCCGCUUCUGGGAGCUACGAGACAGCAUUGUACAAUGUGAGCUUCUUAUGCUACGAGUUCUGCGCUUCCAAGUCUCUUUCCAGCAUCCACACAAGUACCUGCUGCACUACUUGAUUUCCCUCAAGAACUGGCUGAAUCGUUACAGCUGGCAACGAACCCCCAUCUCAGUUACAGCUUGGGCUCUGCUACGAGAUAGCUACCACGGGGGGCUAUGCCUCCGCUUCCAGGCUCAGCACCUAGCCGUGGCUGUGCUCUACCUGGCCCUGCAGGUCUAUGGAGUCGAGGUGCCUGCAGAGGGUGAGGCCGAGAAGCCUUGGUGGCAGGUAUUUAGUGAUGACCUUACCAAGCCAAUCAUUGACAAUAUUGUGUCUGAUCUCAUUCAGAUUUAUACUAUGGAUACAGAGAUCCCCUAAGGCCCUGGCCGAGGCCGGACCUAAGACCAGGAUGAUCGGAGGCCUGGGGUAUCGUUCCACCAAGUUGCUGUGAUGGCGUGUCUCCACUCGGAGGACUGGUUGUGCUGGCAGAGGAUGUCAUUGGUGACUGCAAUGACAUGCUGUCAUUUUGUCCCCAGCAGCCCUUGUUCAAAUAAUGCUAAGAGCUUCCAUGUGGGCAGGACAUAUAGAGCUUUCUAGAAUUGGCUGCAUCAGCUUUUGCCCUUUGAGAAGAUGCUGCAUUUGAGGCAUGGACCAUUGCAGGUCGCCAACAGGAAAGUUAAAGAAUAGAACUGCACCCUUAGGGGAAGUAUGAAUGUGUAACAUAGAAUCUUAUUUUGUAUAAUAAAAAUUAUGCAAAUAAAAUAUAGGAAAGGUUUAACGCA